AUGAAUAGAUUCUUAGAAUGUACACGAUGCGUUUUGGAUAUGCAACAUACGAAUGGGUAGUGUGUAUGUAAACGAAUAAAAGGUGACUGAACGAUGAAGAAGAAGCAGAUAGUAUAUAUUGAGAGUUGUAAAGAAAAGCAGUUGUAGCGUCGGUCAGUCAGAGAAUCAAGUAAUCAUAGAUUGAAUCUAACAUCUUUUUCUUUUUACCAAUCCAUAUCCCCCACAAUAAGAAAAAAUGUCGACUAAAAGAGCUUGGCAAAAAAAUGAAAUUGUAGAGUUAAUUUCAAUGUAUAAAGAAAGAUCCGUGUUGUGGAAUACGAAGGACACCGAACACAGGAACCGCGAAAAAAAAACAAAAAUUUUACACGAAAUCGCGUUGAAGUUCAACUGCUCAGUAGAGGAAAUUCAACGCAAAAUUCAUAAUUUACGAAAUCAGAUGUCACAAGAAUUAAAAAAAAUUAGAAAAAAAACAAAAAGAGGAAGUGGCACGGAUGAUGUUAUAAAUACGUGUAACUGGCCGUAUUUUCAAGCUUUGCAAUUUUUAUUACCAGUAUUGACACACAAUAAUACCAAAUCGUCAUAUACAAGUGCCUCAAUGUCCAUUAAGAAAAAUGAAGAAUCCGAUGUGUAUGCGAUUAAUAGCGAAAAGAAUGUAAAAGACGAUGAUAAAACAAAUAAACCGAUGCAGGCACAGAAGAAGCGUAAACGUGAAAAUGAUAUUGAAGAGCAAUUAUAUCAAUCGGCUUUAAAAAGAAUACAACAAGGAUCUGACGAGUAUGACAAAUUUGGCGAAUAUGUAGCACUGGAGUUGAAAUCGUUAAGAUCGGAUUACAAUAAAUCACGAUUAAAACAUGAAAUACGAAAAGCAAUUGUUCGAAUUGCCGAAGAAGAUCUUUAUGGUUCAUGUUCAACAUUGUCAACUUCAACACCACUACCAUCACCUUCUAUUCAAGAAGAAUAUUAUCAACAAUCUUCCCAAUCGUGCUAAAACUUUAUUACCCCAUUUCAUCAUUAAUUUAUAAUUUUACGUGUACCAUUGCAUAUCAUUGAUUUCUUGUAUUUUGAAUUUUAUGAUAUAGUUUACAUG